GCGGACUACAGAGGUGCCGCUGCUGCUGCUGCUGCCGCCGCUGCUGCGCUGUGUUUCGCUGUGUGUCAGCCUGCAGCCAUAUGACCGAACUGGUAUUCAAACCUUGAACAACAAAAGAGGGAAAAAAAAACCCACCAACAACAACAACAAACAAUCGCAAGCAGGUGGCGUGGUGUUGUACAGACAAUGGCUCUCUCCUGGAGUCUGCUCCUCGUGUUCCUGUUUGCCACCCUGGCACUGUCACACACUGCUGAGCCCAGAGCUCCUCAUGGCAAGAGGAGACAGGCACAGACCUCAGCAGGUGGCAGCAACGCCCUACAGCACCCUCCGCAAGGUCUACAGGGCCACGGUUACAGUAGGGACCGCGGGCACGGGAGCCAGGGGGACCGUGUUGCCAAAGGUGGAGCUGGGCUGCUCUCCCAUAGGCCCCUUCACCCCCUGGCCAGGCCUGAGGAUGAUGGGACAGGCCUGGAGGGUUUGAGCCCUGUGAGACUGGAGAUGGGCCCCAGCAGGGACAGAGACAGAGUUCGAAUGAGUAUGAGGAGUCCAUCCCAAGGUCGGGAAAACCAGCUUAUGGGGACACGCAAAGGGAGAGGGCACGGACACGGGAGUGGGCAUGGGCAUGGACACCACUUUGAGCACAGGAGACAAGGGAGUCGGCGUGACAAGGGACGACAUGGUAAAGGAUUUCCUGCGGAGCCUGAGCUGAGGUCUGCGUUGAAAGAUAGAGAUCUGUUUGAGGACCCUCCCUCCUCCUCCUCCUCUGCUGCCUCCCCCUCCAUCAGUGUGACCCCGCCCAGUGAAACCCCCUCCCCCAUCGCCGCCGUCUUUGGCUCUGGCUCCUCCAUGGUUACCACGGUGAUGAACGAGCAUCCCCCAACGCUGCCCCCGGCCUCCACCAAACCCCAGAGGUCUGGUCGAGGAAAAGGACAAGGAGAGGUGAUGCCAACGUUGGACAUGGCGCUCUUUGACUGGACAGACUACGAGGAUAUGAAACCUGUGGACACCUGGCCAUCUUCCAGGAAGAAAGACAAGAGGCGGAGUAAGAACCUCAGCAGUGGAAAUGCGACUGUAGACGCUGAUGCCAUUGAGCCGUGUGACCACCACCUGGACUGUCUCCCAGGUUCUUGUUGUGACCUGAGACAACACGAGUGUAAACCUCACAACCGAGGCCUCAACAACAAAUGCUAUGACGACUGCAUGUGUGAGGAAGGGUUUCGCUGUUAUGCUAAAUUCCACCGGAAGCGACGCGUGACCCGGAGGAGGGGUCGCUGCGUAGUGCCAGAGUCAGUCAGCAGUGACCAAGGAGGCUUCAUCACUAUCUGAUGAAAAGAUGGAGGAUGAGAUGAAGGAGCUUGGAAGGAGGAGGAACAGAAAGAAUGAGCCCAUGACCACUCUAACAUAGAAGACAGUACAGCCAAGACUACACAUGACACUGCUAACAGACCAAGUGCUUAAAAGUGACGGCUUUAAAUCCAACCCCAAAAUGUAAAGCAUCCAAAUGCCAAAAUCUGGUCAGUUAAAACAAAACAACAGGUAAUAAAUACUGAGUGUUGCAUUGUGGGAUGAGCCCUGCACCUUAAUCCAGCAAAUCACCAUCUUUAAGCACUUGAUUGAUUUAAUUAAAAAUGGAAAUACAUCAGUCUUAAUUUGGUUUUGCUCACUCCACAGUCACUACAGGGGCAAGCAGGUUGUACAUGAAAACAUGAAGAGAGCUUUUCAAAAAUCACUCAGUCCGCAAUGACCAAGUUCUAGAAAAGGAGUUUUUAUUUGUUUUUAAUUGGUAAAAAGAUUCACUGGGCUGGUGACAAGUCACUGAGUGAAGUUUGGAAGCAGAUUACUUGUUUCUGUUUACCACAGCUAUGGUUGCUGUUGGUUUGGUUUAAUUUAGAGAAAAACACAUUUUGUGAAUUUUGGAAAAACCCAUUGACUGUCUCUGUGUUGCUGAUCAGAGUCAAAUAGUGUUUACAAAUCAUUUUUAAAAUUCAAUUACUGAACUGUGCUUGGAGUCCCAGACUGGUUCAGCAACAUUCACAUUGACCAAGUUGUCACUUCCAGAAAUGAUGCUAAAAUUACUUUGAAAUACAUGUUGACCCUGCUACAAUUAGUUUCUUGGCACUCCGCUCACCUGGUUCUCCAGACAAACACUAAACAUUAUUUGUAAAUGCUAUUUGAACCUGUCUGUUUCCCUGUAUUGUAAAUAUGAAUGUGUUUGAAUUGCAAACAGAUUUUUUUUUUUUUUUUAAAUUGAUACCACUACUCUUCAAAUGUACUUAACGGUAGAAUGAUAAAUGAAGAUGCUUGUUUGG